AUGGUUGUGGUUUCAUACAGUACAGAAGACAUUGAUGCAGCAGAUGUUGAUAAUGAAUUGGCAAUUGUGAAGUAUGUUGAGGACAUCUACAAGUUCUACAAGUUAACAGAGGGUGAGAGUCAAGUUCACAAUUACAUGGAUUCACAGCCUGAAAUCAAUUCAAAGAUGAGAUCAAUUCUCAUAGACUGGUUGACAGAGGAGGGUGAGGCCAAGAGUGCCCAGCUGAUAGGUCAAGCUAUUACCAAUAAUCCGGCAUUUAUUACCCCAAGGAAGAUUGAAGCUGCUAGAGAAAUUGCACAUACAAUCUCAAAUUCAACCAACAAGGUUUUCUUGACUUCAGAUGAACUGUUGUUGAACCUUCAGGAGACAAACUUGGGGACCUCCACUGGGCAGAAGUAA